AAACUUUUUUCCCUCAGGCAGAGAAUGACUGGUGGUCAGAGGAAGCUGUCCGUGUUGGCGGUGUUCCUGAUAGUGCAGGUGACCACGUCGCUAUCCAAACCCUCGGCAACACACGGAGGCAAACUCAAGUCGGUGCUCAGCGAUUUGGAAAGCAAGUCGACAGCUGAUGAGGUGUUCUACAACAACAUCAACCCGACAGACCAGCCCCAGGAAGAGCAGGCAGUCGAGCAGCAGGCAGAGUUGUGUCCACCUGUGCCCGCAGUACUUCCGGAAGGUUCGUGCGACUUGCCGACAUGCAGCUCCGAUCGCAUGUGUGGCGCAGACGGAGAUCGCCGGAAGUGCUGCUACAACGGAUGUAUCUACACCUGUCUUCCAGAACUGAGGCCGCCGCCAUUUUUUGACUGGAUUCUUGAACCCCGCAGGCGACUCAGAUCAGGACUCUCAUGGCUGAUCACCGGCCCAGACCGAGCUAACGAGGAGGAGUCGUGCAGCACCUCCCUCAUGACUGACGACGCUGACCCCCUGCUUUGUCCCGAGGGCUUCUUCUGCAGCAUCUUCGACCGCGGUGAACCCGACAAUGGCAUCCCGAACCAAGGCGUGUGCGUCAAAGUCACAGCUGACGAUGAUGGAAAAGAACAGAUGCAAGCAGAUCUUCCCAUGGCUGAUGGCGCCCUGCACGAGAUGACACCCGGCGUCGUGCAUGACAACGCCUGCGACAUCGCAAAAGGUUGGAUCCUGAUUGAGGGUCAUUCUGCGGUCGUGGAGGGCCAAAACUGUUUGUGCAAAAACCGGAAACUGAUCUGCAAGGAGGAAAAAGCAAGUGAUGUGUGAUGCUGGGAGUGACUCGGUUGUGUUUCCUUGAAUAAGCAGCCCCAGCCUCCCAGUGCCGCCAUGACACUCAUUGUACAUAGGUCCAGGGGCCGGUGCUACCAGCUUGAUGAGAAAUACGAAUCGAGAAAGAUUCACUGAGUUGUGAGUGGAUGUUGGGAUGCACACGGGUUGGGGGAAGGGGGAUGGUUAUAUACAUACAACAUACAAUAGCCCUGCUUCGGAAGAAUGGAUAGUGGCAAAAGGUAAAGUGCUAGAGUCAGCUGAUGUUAUUUGCUGGAGAUCACAAGGUGGCACAGACCGACACAUGACUAGAAUGGGACAUUAGUGUAAAGGUUGACACAACUUAUCAAUUCAAUACACCAGCAAACACAUGUGGUGACAUGGCGUGGGACCUCAUUUUGUUUUAAAUGUUGCGCAAGACAAGGAUAUUAUUAAAAUGAUUAAAAACAUAA